GGGCGCAGUUGGGGAUUCGAAGUCGUACCCCAAGUCCCGCGGUAAUUCUUCCCCUCUUCUUGUUUUGUUUUCAUUUCCUUUCGGUUUGACCGGCCGUAUUCCAGCCGAUAGCCAAAUCGCUGCACGCUAACUGACAUGAGGCACUAAUCCCUCCUCGCGGCUGCGCCGGGCUUACGGUGGAAGGGCGACUUUCACAAUAACUUAUGCUGCGCCGCACAAGUGGCUGACGGAAUUUUUGCCCAAGCGGGAAUCUCAGGGGCCACUCAUUAGCGCUGGCCAGGAUCGGCAAGAGAGAGAGAGAAUCGGAGACCAAGCACGUCAGGUCGUCCUGAGGGUCUGGAUGUGAAUGUUGCACAGCCUGAUCUGAUCAGUAGUACACAGCGCACUUCCGUUGAUCGACCCAUGUUCUUCCAGCCAAAAAGUCCCAGUGAAAUCUUCAACCGCAUCAGCUUCGACACACACCCAUGGACGACGACACUGAUUCCCGGAGCCUGCUGCAAUCCGUGCUUGGAUUAUUCGCUCGAAAACGACCGCAAAGGUCGACAAAGCCGGCGUCACUAAGAUCACGGAAACGCGAGGCCUGGCUACGCACGGAUGCAUUUCUGCAGCGCGAUGAUAUUGGCGAAGCUGACCCAGAGAGUGUUGCAAGGACUUUGCGUGCAUUUGAACAUCUUGUUCAGGACGACUCUGAUCGAGAGACAGAUUUUAGUUUCCAACAACCCGGAGAUGAGCGGUAUCCGAAGCUUCGCCGUAUGACCGAGAAUCCGAACCGCCAUCUGCAUGCCGACCAGGACACUGUCAUUCGCGUCAGUAAACGGAGACGAGAAUGCGACGAUGCCAUUCAGGAACUCUUCCAUUUGGACGAGGAGAGAAAGAAGCGCCGAGUUCUGCCUCGUGAAGAGCCAACUCAUGAGUCCGAUCUCCUAGACCCCGAUGCCGACUUCGCCGUGCUGAUGAGAAGACAUUUGGUGUCCUUGGACAAUGCGUUGCGAAGACACUGGGUUUGCGUUUGCCAGAAGUGCUCAGGGUUAAGCGUUAGAUUGUCGCUGCCACGACACAAACAGGGUCUCGAGGCUGAGGCGAGUUUCGAAGUAUUCUUCGGCGUGCGGUCCGUACCUGCAACUGCAUUGCAAGAAGCUAAAAUCACGGUCAAAGACCUUCACAGCGGCACAUUGAGGCGCUCAUCUGAGCCUAUAAUUAGCAGCCCACCCGGAUUUGCCCACAUAUGCCAAAGCGUCACAGAGUCCCUCGACCAGCGAAAUUGCUUGCACUUCGCUCUCCAGGAUGGGAUAUUUCAGAGGCUUCGCCCGCAACCUAAGACAUUUGGUAGCGACCGAAUGUCUCAGACAGUAUCCUUGUCGGCAUUUUUCCAUCGCCAACAAGAAUUACUCCGUGGUGAAUCGGUACUACCACUCAAGGGGAAGCGAGUCUUGGCUGUUACACUGGCUUCAGCACUACUUCCCUUCCUGGAGACACCGUGGCUGCAGUUUUCCUUCAAUCAUUCAAAGAUCCAGUUUUUUGAGCCACGGCAGGAUGGAGAACUCCCCAACAUCACGAAACCUUUCCUAACUCUGGAGCACGUUCCAAUCAUAUCAGCUCGCCAUUCAGACAACGGGGACAGCUCCGGCGCCUCGAAACACAUGGUUCAUCCCAACGCCAGUGUGCUAGCACUAGGCAUUCUCUUGUGCGAGCUUCACUAUUGCACACCUGUGGAGCUAAUGGCAAAGGACCCGCAGAUCAUCAGGAACGUCAAUGAUGAUUUUUAUACCUGUCUCGAUAAGCUUCAGAACCUGGAAGACGACGCUGGUGUGGAUUACUAUCUCGCUACGAAAGCAUGCCUUACUGGGGAGUACUAUCCCCUUGGACAGCACGCUGACUUCGAAGAUGUCAACGUUCAGCGGCUCUUCUACCAAAAUGUCAUCAAACGACUUGAGGCCGUGAUAUUCAAGGCAUGGGGUAUUCGAUUAGAGAAUCUAGGUUCAUUCGAUUCUCGACAGAAUGAAUCUUGCUGGGGCUCUAUCGGUCGAGAGGUUCUCCGCCACCAUACAGGCAAGGUCGAUUCCUGUCAUGCAAGCAAUACACAACGGGUAAGUCCACAUCGUUCAAUGUCCGACACCCCGCCCAUGGGCCACGCAUCCCUCCACUCAGAUAUCACGCUACGAAUAUCGGCAGAACCUUCUUUGGGAUCGCAAGCCCACGGACACCUCGCCGAGUCUUCAAAGAGCUUGUACUUUUUUGAUGCAAGCCACCAGACGGGUCCUGAACAGGAGAACCCACUCUCGGAAAGGUGGAUGGAGAAUCUGCUGUCCUCGAUCUAUCCAUAUGUUGACCUUGAUUUCAACCUUGCCGAACCGGUGCGAAUAGCGAUUCUGGACUCCGGACUCGACCCUGAAAACCCAUUCCUGGUCGAGGAUCAACAACGGGCCAACCCACGAAUCAAGGACGCACGAAGUUUUGUACAUGGAACAGAAUGGCACGAAAUUCGAGACGAGAUCGGGCACGGCACUCAUGCUCUUGGCCUCCUUCUUAAAGUUGCCCCAGGUGCUGAGAUCUAUGUCGCCAGAAUUGCGCGACGAGAGACUCUGGAUCCCAAUACCUAUAAUGACAUUGCAAAGGCCAUCGAUCACGCAGUUACACAAUGGAAAGUGGACAUUAUAUCAAUGUCAUUCGGGAUUCGUGAAUAUCACGAGCUCAUGAGCACAGCGAUAUCUAAUGCACUGAACAAGCGGACUUUGUUGUUCGCAGCAGCAUCAAAUGAUGGAGCAAAUCUUGGUAGAGCUUUUCCAGCUCAAUAUCCCAGCGUCUUUUGUAUACACUCAACCGACGGAAACGGCAAUCCCUCCAGUUUCAACCCUACAGCAAGCGAAACGGACAUCAACUUCAGUCUACUUGGGGAGCAGGUCUCUUCUCACUGGCCGGCUGGCAUGAACGGACACGAUCAGACUGUCAAUGUUAUGUCAGGAACAUCGGUCGCAACACCAAUCGCCGCUAGCCUAGCCGCGUCGGUCCUAUCUUUCGUCCGGCAGCAAGAUCAGCACAUUGCUGUAGAAAGCGAAAGGCUGGGACCGUGGCUGAAAAGGGACAAUUCCAUGGAUGCGGUCUUCAAGAGUAUGGUCAGACAGAAACGGGGAGGGGGCUACGACUACAUCACACCUCAUGUGCUCUUCGAUAGCGGUUCGACAAGGGAGGAUGUUUACAAGAGAAUCAAGGACAUUAAAAGGAACAUGUACAAAUACUAGUAGCAACCUAGGAAUGGUUCAGUCAACCUCCAAU